AGGCGGGUCAACCACGGGCUCUGGGAAACGGUUGGGCUUCAUAUCUUGGCCAGACCAAAUGCUCGCAGAGCUUUGAAGUCGCGUUAGCCAGACUAAUGAGUAGGCUACAUUUCAUUAUUUCGUUAUUUCGUGAUGUCCACAUAAGGAAUAUGGAGUCGGACACAGCUCAUGAUUGGCGUGAACUGAGGCAGGAUAUGUCCUGAUUGGAUCACGCGCCCAGGGGCGGGACAUGAGCGAAAUGCACUAACAGCCAAUGGUGAGGGAUGAAAACAGCUUGGAGUUCGCUAAAAAUGAGAUCUGAGAGCUGCAGCUGGAGUUUUUAGAUAUUUUCUUAAGGCUUGAAAGCAAAGAACGAAGAUGAUAAACUGGCGGGUUUUGGACAAUGUUCCCCUGCUGUUUUACAUUCUGGCAGCCAAGACCCUAAUCUUGUGUCUUGCCUUUGCUGGAGUGAAACUGUAUCAGCAGAAGAAGAUAGAUGCAGCACUGAAACAGCAGCUGGAGGCGAAGAGAAAACUUGCACAGGAAACACAAGAACUUAUUGACAGCAAGAAGGAUGACUGAACAUCUUGGCGUGUUGGAGAAAGCAGGAUAAACAAAAGAUGUGCGGCCACACCCUCACACAGAAGCAGUGGUGUCACUGACAAUCUACUGACGAGGCCACAAGAGCAGGUUCAUUUGUUUAUCUGGGGCUAAUUAUUGGUGCUUGCUACCUUUUUAUACUACGCUUUAUUUAUUACUCUGUGGAGCCUGCAAGGGAGGAAAAAAAAAGAAAUGAACUAAAAUGGAUACCUUUGGAUCAUUUUACAUACCUGGUUUAUAUCCGUGUACUGAAUAAAAGUCUGAAAUGAA